CCAGAGGGAGAGUGUCCGGGACCAGCGGGCAAGUCACGUGCGCGUGAAACUCGACCUAAGGGGAGGGGAAGGGAAGGGAGCCCCCGCCCCCACCUCGGGGCGCAGCUCCGGACGCGUGUAAAUACAACUAUCAACUCCGCAGAUCCACUUCAUCCAAGCCCAGCUUCGCAGACCUCUGGCGCCCGGCGGGUUCCCAGUUCCCCCGCUUCUUCCGAGGAGACAGCGGAGGCGAGGCCACCGGGCUGUCAGGCUGAAGCUCCGUGGCCGCCGGGUCCUGCACGCAGAGAAGACCCCAGCGCGGGCGCGGCUCAGGGCUGGGCCCGCGGGACUCCGGACGCGCCGCGAAAGCGUUGCGCUCCCGGAGGCGUCCGCUGCUGCUGGCUGCUCAUUUGCCGGUGACCGGAGGCUCGCGGCCAGCAUGGCCCCCACGCUGCAACAGGCGUACCGGAGGCGCUGGUGGAUGGCCUGCACGGCUGUGCUGGAGAACCUCUUCUUCUCUGCUGUACUCCUGGGCUGGGGCUCCCUGCUGAUCAUGCUGAAGAACGAGGGCUUCUAUUCCAGCAUGUGCCCAGCUGAGAACAGCACCAACACCACCCAGGAUGAGCAGCGCAGGUGGCCGGGCUGUGACCGGCAGGACGAGAUGCUCAACCUGGGCUUCACCAUUGGUUCCUUCGUGCUCAGUGCCACCACCCUGCCACUGGGGAUCCUCAUGGACCGCUUUGGCCCCCGACCCGUGCGGCUGGUUGGCAGUGCUUGCUUCGCUGCGUCCUGCACCCUCAUGGCCCUGGCCUCCCGGGACGUGGAAGUUCUGUCUCCGUUGAUAUUCCUGGCGCUGUCCCUGAAUGGCUUUGGUGGCAUCUGCCUAACGUUCACUUCACUUACGCUACCCAACAUGUUUGGGAACCUGCGCUCCACGUUAAUGGCCCUCAUGAUUGGCUCUUAUGCCUCUUCUGCCAUCACGUUCCCAGGAAUCAAGCUGAUCUACGAUGCCGGUGUGGCCUUCGUGGUCAUCAUGUUCACCUGGUCUGGCCUGGCCUGCCUUAUCUUUCUGAACUGCGCCCUCAACUGGCCCAUCGAAGCCUUCCCUGCCCCUGAGGAAGUCAAUUACACGAAGAAGAUCAAGCUGAGUGGGCUGGCCCUGGACCACAAGGUGACAGGUGACCGCUUCUACACCCAUGUGACCACCGUGGGCCAGAGGCUCAGCCAGAAGGCCCCCAGCCUGGAGGACAGUUCGGAUGCCUUCAUGUCAUCCCAGGAUGUUCGGGGCACCUCAGAAAACCUUCCUGAGAGGUCUGUCCCCUUCCGCAAGAGCCUCUGCUCCCCCAUUUUCCUGUGGAGCCUCCUCACCAUGGGCAUGACCCAGCUGCGGAUCAUCUUCUACAUGGCUGCCAUGAACAAGAUGCUGGAGUACCUUGUGACUGGUGGCCAGGAGCAUGAGACGAAUGAACAGCAACAAAAGGUGGCAGAGACAGUUGGGUUCUACUCCUCCGUCUUCGGGGCCAUGCAGCUGUUGUGCCUUGUCACCUGCCCCCUCAUUGGCUACAUCAUGGACUGGCGGAUCAAGGACUGCGUGGACGCCCCAACUCAGGGCACUGUCCUCGGAGAUGCCAGGGGUGGGGUUGCUACCAGAUCCAUCAGACCACGCUACUGCAAGAUCCAAAAGCUCACCAAUGCCAUCAACGCCUUCACCCUGACCAACCUGCUGCUUGUGGGUUUUGGCAUCACCUGUCUCAUCAACAACUUACACCUCCAGGUUCCCAUCCAACCACUUUGGGACACUGACAGGCCUGCAGUCCCUCAUCAGUGCUGUGUUCGCCUUGCUUCAGCAGCCACUUUUCAUGGCGAUGGUGGGACCCCUGAAAGGAGAGCCCUUCUGGGUGAAUCUGGGCCUCCUGCUAUUCUCACUCCUGGGAUUCUUGUUGCCUUCCUACCUCUUCUAUUACCGUGCCCGGCUCCAGAAGGAGUACACCGCCAACGGGAUGGGCCCACUGAAGGUGCUUAGCGGCUCUGAGGUGACCGCAUAGACUUCUGAGACCAAGGGACCUGGAUGACAGGCAAUCAAGGCCUGAGCAACCAAAAGGAGUACCCCAUAUGGCUUUUCUACCUGUAACACGCACAUACAGCCAUGGCCGUGGAUUUAUAAAUACCAAGAGAAGUUCUAUUUUUGUAAAGACUGCAAAAAGGAAAAAAAAAAAAACCUUCAAAAACGCCCCCUAAAGCAACGCUCCAUUGACUGAAGAUAGUCCCUAUCCUAGAGGGGUUGAGCCUUCUUCCUCCUUGGGUUGGAGGAGACCAGGGUGUGGAGCUGCCUCUUAUCUCCUUCUAGGGGUCUGCCUCCUGGUACCUCUUGGGAUCGGCAAACAGGCUACCCCUAAGGUCCCAUGUGCCAUGAGUGUGCACACAUGCAUGUGUCUGUGUAUGUGUGAGCGUGAGAGAGACACAGCCCUCCUUUCAAAAGGAAAGGGGCCUGAGGUGCCAGCUGUGUCUUGGGUUGUGGGUUGGGGGUCGGCCCCUUCCAGGGGCAGGAGGGCAGGUUCCCUCUCUGGUGCUGCUUCUUGCAAGUCUUAGAGGAAAUAAAAAGGGAAGUGAGAGA